CACCUGAGUCCAGACCGUUAGCGCUACCCAGAGCCAGACAACACACAUCUAUUGCGUUUUAUUUUUAAAAUAAAAAAAAAAGGCCUAUUCACUCGCUUGACUGAGCCAGUAGAGGAUUUUUCGAAUAUGGUCUGUGGCGGGUUCACCUGUUCCAAAAAUGCGCUUUGUUCCCUGAAUGUGGUUUACAUGCUGGUUGGGCUGCUGCUGAUCGGAGUAGCGGUAUGGGGGAAGGGAUUCGGCUUGGUGUCGAGCAUCCACAUCAUCGGAGGGGUCAUUGCAGUGGGCUUCUUCCUGCUGCUCAUCGCCAUCGUCGGACUCAUCGGGGCAAUACGCCACCACCAAGUGAUGCUUUUCUUUUACAUGGUUAUUCUUUUCAUCGUUUUCCUGUUCCAAUUCGGAGUUUCCUGUUCCUGCUUGGCGAUGAACCGUGGGCAGCAGGAGGCCCUUCUGAACUCUGCAUGGGGAAUACUGGAAAACAAGACCAAGACAGACCUGGAGACUCAGCUGAACUGCUGUGGGCUGCUCAAUGUGACCGCCAGCCGGACAGAGUUUGAACAGGAUUUGCAGAACUGCCCAGCUUCAUGCAAAAAGGAGAGUGUCUGUUACACCUGCGGGGAUAAGAUGCUGAAUCAUGCAACAGAGGCUCUGAAGAUCCUCGGGGGCGUCGGACUCUUCUUCAGCUUCACAGAGAUCCUCGGAGUGUGGCUCGCUGUGCGCUACAGAAACCAGAAGGAUCCACGAGCAAACCCAAGUGCUUUCCUAUAGUCUGUCCCCCGUACGCAGAGCAGUGCUGUACUGCUGCGGUUUCAGACGCACUGGCACACACACGGAUUAAUGCACAUCUAGAGGCAGACACUCAGGCAUAUGAUACAGAGCCACACCAACCCCGACAACACAGAAUGGACGAGCGCACGCAGCACCUGACAAACACUGACACACACACUCAUACACACACACCUUCACCUGAGACUUGAGAAACUACAACAACCUGUCACCUUUUCCCAGCUGAAAGACCUGGAGACUUAUGUAUGAAAGGAUGAGUUGUAAUACCAAGAAGUGCGACUUGUUGGUAUCACGACCCAGCCUUGAUUUGAGUACCAGAGUUCCUGAUUGCGGCCUGCUAGUUUCCAACUAUGUAACAAGCAAUGAGACAUCUCUGCAUGUGUCCUACGCCUGCACAGUCAAACAGCCUCUCCGUUGAUUUCAUUCCACACACCAACCUAAUGACUGUGCGGUGUCCCACAGAUAGCUUGUAUGCACCUUGAAACUUUCCUCUUCGUCUCUAACGUAGUGCCACUGCUUAACGACACACGUGCCCCCCCCCCCUCCCCGGCCGGUGACGUGUAAAAAUGUAAACUCAAACAUGUUCAGUGUGACGAGGAGGUCGGCUGAAUGAGGGGGGGGGGGGGAGGCCCGUACUGGACGUGUGGUGUAAAGUAGUUUUUGAAAUGUAUGUGGUUUUUUUUUUCCCCCAGAUGCAAACAAGAUGCCGGGGUUUAACAGGUUUAGGAUGUAAGAAUAGAUUUUAGCUAAUGUAGUCGCUAGUCAUUUGGGUUCAAAUAUUUAUGAACUGUAACUGAGCCAGCUAACUUUUAACAGUCAGAGAUAUUAGGAUGCCGACGGACUGCAGCCUUGUUGUUGUACAUAAUCUUUAAACACUGUAGUUCACAGAAAUCAUCCUCAGUGGGUUUGCCAUGUGUCCUACGCCCCCUUAGUUUGGACGUUUGCCUGCAUAGUUGAGGUCUCCGCGAUAAUUCACCCUUGCUGUAUUUAAUAUGUUCCUUAGUGUCGCACGGUGAUGUUGCUUAGAAUAGAUUCUGUAGUAAGAAAAAAAAAAGUGGAUUCAGGUACGUAUCAUUACCUCCUGUGUAACUGGAAGAAAUCACAAAAAUAUAAAAAAAAAUGAAUCCUAAUUCUCUUUGAUUUUAAAUAAUUGGCCAAAACUGCUUAUUGCAAACCCGGUUUUGUUUUUAUAGUGUUUAUUGUGAAAAUGUGCUCUUGGUUGCAAUUAAUUUUUUUUCCCUCUUUUUUUAAUAUUUUGAGACGAUAAUUCUUUCGUGGAAUUACUUUGCCGGCAUAAUUGUGCUCUCUGUUGCCAUCAGCUCUUUUCGUUCAUCAGUGUUAAAUGCUUUGUAAAGACUUGUUAAAUAUUUUCAGAAUCUAUUUAAGUUAAGUUGGAUGAUGCACAUCAGGUUAAAGUUAUGUUGUAGUUCUGAUGAUAGAAUUUUUAAUGCCUAGUUUUCGAUGUUUGACUUUUCCUGUUGAUAAAUCACUGCUCAUUAAUUCUCUCUAUAAGGUGUUUUUUUCCUCUUUUGAAUCGCUUUUAACUUAAAGGACUAACACAAACUGUAAUUACAUGUCUUACUUGAACCUGUCAACUUCGCUGAUACGGAUUUCCUGCUGCUGGUUUGGAGUGUAAACAAGCAUUUUGACAGAUCUUAAGCAUUAUGCCAUAUAUUACACCUCACUUUGAAUUUGUGUGCACUUGUUAUUCAAAUGUAUCUUGAAUUUUUGAGACUUAAUUUUCCAAAUAAUAAAACCUUAAAUUGG